AUGUUUUUGAAUGCUGUCCUCCUAGGUCCUCUGCUCUACCAUUUUGCUGACGUACCUGGGCAAGAUUCUAUUGAACUCAGCUACUCCGAAGUGCGAGAAGCCGCUGAACUUAUAGGCUUCGAAAUCUUGAAAGAAGAGCAAGAUCUUCCAUCAACCUAUACGCAGGAUCCCAAAUCAAUGUUGCAGUACCACUACAAGUGCGUGCUGACCAUUUUUCGAAAGCCACUGGCCGAACAAAGUGCGCCACAAAAUUAA